AUGUUGUUGACACAACUGUUACUCACCACAGGGCUUCCCCUGCUGGCCUGCGCACAGAAUGUUGUUGACCUCAGUGGAAAACAAUGGACAGUGACCAACCCGGAAAAGAAUGUCUCGGCCCCGGGGUCUUUGCCGUCGCACGUCCAUUUGGACUUGCACAAUGCGGGGGUUAUACGUGAGUACUACGGCAUAAAUGAGAUUGACCUCCGUUGGAUUGCCUGGUCGAACUGGACAUACACCAGCAAGCCCAUCAAGGGACUAUCAAACAAAGCGGAGAGCAGCUGGCUUAUAUUCGACGGGCUGGACACUUUUGCUACAGUAAAACUGUGCAGUCAAGUCGUUGGAACGGCGAACAAUCAAUUCCGUCAAUGGAAGUAUGACGUUUCAGAUAUCUUGAAGUCUUGCAAGAGCGAUCCCGUUAUCAGCAUCGACUUUGGCAGUGCUCCGGCUAUUGCCAACUCCAUCAGCGCCCAGCCAGGGCAGGAAACAUGGCCGGAUGGCGUCCAGGGACUCUUCGAGUUCGACAACAGAUGGUUUAUUCGCAAGGAACAGUCCGAUUUCGGCUGGGAUUGGGGCCCAGCGUUUUCCCCCACGGGGCCAUGGAAACCCGCAUACAUUGUGCAAUUCGAGCCUGAUGACGGUCUUUAUGUGCUAAACACUGAUAUCGACAUCCACCGGGAAGGUCAGAUUAAUCACCUACCCGCGGACCAAACUAAACCGUGGGUGGUCAAUGCUAGCAUUGACUUUUUGGGAACCCUUCCCAAAGGAGCAUCGCUGAAUAUCGACAUCAAAGAUUUGCUAAAUGAGUCGUCGAUUGCCUCAGGAUCCCUAACUGGCAUCACAACCAAAAGUGGAACCAUAACAGGGACUACUACUGUUGAUGCAGAUACUCCAAAGCUAUGGUGGCCCAAUGGUCUCGGCGAACAGAACCUUUAUUACAUCACCGUGAACGUGGUCGACAGCAAAAACAAAACUCUGGCGACUGUCACCAAGAGAUCUGGCUUCCGUACCAUAAUUUUGAACCAGACUAACAUCACUGAUGCACAAUUAGCGCUUGGAAUCGCACCAGGAGCAAACUGGCAUUUUGAAGUCAACGGCCAUGAAUUCUACGCCAAGGGCUCCAACUUCAUCCCCCCGGAUGCAUUCUGGCCACGAGUCACUGAAGCUCGCAUGAACAAAUUGUUUGACUCUGUUGUUAGUGGCAAUCAAAACAUGCUCCGGGUUUGGUCUUCUGGUGCCUACCUUCCAGACUUUAUCUACGAUAUCGCUGAUGAGCGUGGUAUACUCCUGUGGAGCGAGUUUGAAUUCAGCGAUGCUCUCUACCCGGUGAAUGAUGAAUUCCUGGAGAACGUCGCAGCCGAGGUCUUGUAUCAGGUCCGCCGAUUGAACCAUCAUCCGUCACUUGCCCUUUGGGCCGGUGGGAAUGAGCUCGAGAGUCUAGAGCUGCCCGAGGCAUAUGAAGCCGACCCAGAAAGCUAUCCCAAAUAUCAGGCUGAGUACGAGAAACUGUUUAUCAGCUUGAUACUUCCGAUCGUCUAUGAAAAUAGUCGCUCAAUCAGUUACACCCCUACAUCAACCGGAAAUGGCUACACCAAGAUCGACUUUUCGCUUCCUGUUCCCAUGGUAGAGCGGUACGACGAUAUCGCCCCUGGCAGCUACUACGCCGAUAGUGACUAUUAUCUCUACACUACUAGCGUUGCCUUUGACAUGAGUAAUUACCCAGUCAAUAGGUUUGCCAACGAAUUUGGCUUCCACAGCAUGCCUAGUGUUUAUACCUGGCAACAGGCCGUGGAUGAAAAAGAUCUACAGUUCAACAGCACGGUCAUCUUGCACCGUAAUCAUCACUACCCUCCCGGUGGCCUCUCCAUGAACCUUACAAAGAGCGCCGAAGGCAUGGGUCAAAUGACUACGGGAGUGGAACAAUACUACCCCGUUCCCUUUAAGACAGAUACAAUCGCCAACUUCAGCGCUUGGUGUCUUGCAACCCAGCGCUUCCAGGCAGACUUGUACAAAACAGAAAUCCAGUUCUAUCGACGCGGAAGCGGACGGCCUGAACGCCAGCUCGGAUCUCUGUAUUGGCAGUUGGAGGAUAUCUGGCAAGCACCAACAUGGGCUGGAAUUGAAUACGAUGGCCGGUGGAAAGUGUUGCACUACAUGGCAAGGGAUAUCUACCAGCCUGUCAUUGUUGCCCCAUUCUGGAACUUGACCACCGGCUCGUUGAAUGUCACUGUCAUAUCCGACUUGUGGGAGUCUGUUUCCGGCACAGUCAAUUUGACGUGGUAUAAUUACAAAGGCGAGCCAUUGAGCAAGACUGCCGCGACGUCGAUCCCAUUCCAUGUUGGUCCGCUCAACACCACCGACAUCAUCACCACCAAUAUCAAGAAUAUCCCUAUUUCCGACACAAAAGAUGCCGUCCUGAUACUCUCCUUGGAAACGUCUGGCCACCUGCCAAACAGCGAGACAAAAGUCCAGUUCACACAUGAAAACUACUUCGCCCCCGUGUACACCAACGAGGCGAAACUUGUCGACCCUGGCCUGAAGCUGAGCUUCAAUAACUCCACCCAAAAAUUCGUCGUUGAAGCCACAAAGGGAAUUUCCUUGUAUACCUGGCUAGACUAUCCUGCUGGGGUGGUAGGCUUUUUUGACGAGAACUCAUUUUCGCUUCUGCCGGGCCAGACAAAAGAGAUUGGAUUUACGCUACUGGAAGGUAAAAUUAAUAGUAGUUGGGCUGAAGGGGUUACCGUGCAGAGCAUCUGGGAUCAAUCGGUGUCGGAUUAG